CUUGAAGAUGCCGCCAUUAUUGAGCGGGCGUUUCUGGUACGCAGUGUUCCUGCGGACCCGCGGCGAAAGGCUCUUGGCAGGGCACCGCCGGGCCUCGGACGGUCCGGGUUGCAGGUGGGACGCUCUCGCCGGAGCGGACGUGCUGCGAGCAGAGCUGGACAGAUUUGGGGGCGUCUCGGUGCCUCUGGAGCGGUUUGGCGCACUGGACCGCCUGGACGCCGCCUCUUUCCAGAAGGUUUUGCAGGCUGCAAUACCACAGUGGAGAUCAGAAGGCAGGAUAGCAGUAUGGCUGCACAUUCCCAUCCUCCAAAGCCGAUUUAUUGCCCCUGCUGCUUCCCUGGGUUUCUGCUUUCACCAUGCGGAGUCAGAUUCAUCCACGCUGACGCUGUGGCUGGGAGAAGGACCCAGCAGAUUACCAGGAUAUGCUACACAUCAAGUAGGAGUUGCAGGAGCUGUAUUUGAUGAAAAUACUAGAAAAAUAUUGGUUGUACAAGAUCGAAAUAAACUGAAAAAUAUGUGGAAGUUUCCAGGAGGUCUGUCAGAGCCUGGAGAAGAUAUUGGAGACACAGCAGUUCGAGAAGUUUUUGAAGAGACUGGUGUAAAAUCAGAAUUCAGGUCCCUUCUGAGCAUUCGGCAACAGCACACCAAUCCCGGAGCUUUUGGAAAGUCAGAUAUGUAUAUCAUCUGUCGCUUAAAGCCAUAUUCAUUCACCAUAAAUUUUUGCCAGCAUGAAUGCUUAAGGUGUGAGUGGAUGGAUCUCCAUGACCUGGUCAAGACUGAAAACGCAACUCCCAUCACCAGCAGAGUUGCUAGGCUGCUUCUCUACGGGUACAGAGAAGGGUUUGACAAGAUUGAUUUCACCGUGGAAGAACUUCCAGCAGUUUACACAGGCUUGUUCUAUAAACUCUAUCACAAGAAACUGCCAGACAAUUAUAGAACUAUGAUAGGAAUGGAUUAAAUCCUUAUUUGUGUGUUUUAAAAA